GUGGUUUGGACACCGAGCAGUGAAGCUGGUCACCAGAGCCCAAAGAAAAAGGAGGAGCGCUGUCAUGGCGGCCAAGGUGGUGAUGGUGGCCGUCCCGGCGGUGCUGGGAAUAGCCUCCAUCCGUGUGUACACUGUGAGUGAAGCCCCCGCUGGUGGUUUGGUGACUCGAGAAAAGCUGAACAUCUACACCCCGCUGUCACAGUCCGCUGAGGUUCAGUUUGUUCCUGAGAGCCCGGGUGUUAUCGAGAGUGGGUUAACUGCAGCCAGAGAGAGCAUUCUGCCAUUUGCCCUGGCUGUAAAGGGUUCCUGUGUGUCUGUGAAAAGACAAAGUGUUAAUCUAUAUCAUUCAGGACAAGAUGUAUUCUAUUACCUGAAAGACCCUCCCCCAGGUUUUCUACCCAGAUUGGGCACCAUCACUAUGGCUGGCCUCCUUGGCAUGUUCUUGGCGCGGAAAGGCUCUCGUUUCAAGAGGGUGGCUGUUCCACUGGGCUUGAUGAGCGCUGGAGUGUCAGUGUGUUACCCAGCCCAAGCAGUGGCUGUGAUUAAGGUGACGGGUAGGAAGGUUUACGCUGCAGGGCAGUGGAGCAGUGCUGCUGUGUCUUCACUGCUCACCCCAAAGCCUCAGGAGCCUGUCGCCAAAGAGAUCAGUGCUUCACAGCCAGAGUCUGCCACAGUGUCCAGUCCAGAGUCUGCAGUGGUCGAAGCUUUGGAGGUCAGCUCCGACACAGACAUCAGCUCAUCCCAAAGUGCUACGAUACCAGAAACAGAGGUGGAAUCAGCAGAGUCUGUUCCUUCCUCUGAUGAACCCAUCACUGCUGUCAUAACAAAAGAGGCAUCAUCUGUAACACUAACAGAGAUCUCCCCCGACGAGGCCCCGACAGAGACAAACACAGAUCCUGUGGUACAGUUAGUGCCGGCAGAAACUGAAGCCGCUCCUCCCUCCGAGGAACUACCUGCCUCUGUUGAAAACGAAGCGCCAUCAAAUACAAAACAAGCCCCUGAUGAGGUCUCAAAUGAAGCAAGCCCAGCUGAGUCCACGGGGAGCAUAGAGCCAGAGACGGGAGAGGCUGUCCCAGUCCAGUCUGCAGAGGGCGAGGUUGCUUCUUCCUCUGAAGAACUUCUCGUCCCUGUUGAAAGCAUUGAAGCAUCGGACACAAAGCAAGCACCAGAGGAUGUCUCGAAUGAAGCAAGCCCAGACGAGUCCACGGGGAGCGUAGAACCAGAGACGGAAGAGGCUUUCCCAGUCCAGUCUGCAGAGGGGGAGGUUGCUUCUUCCUCUGAAGAACUACUCGCCCCUGUUGAAAGCAAAGAGCCAUCGGACACAAAACAAGCACCAGAGGAUGUCUCAAAUGAAGCAAGCCCAGACGAGGCCACGGCGAGCGUAGAACCAGAGACGGUAGAAGCUGCCCCUGUCCAGUCUGCUGAGGUGGAGGCGGAUCCUUCCACUGAGGAACCACCUGUUCUUCAGGCCUCAGAUGAGCCAGCAGGGCCAGUCAUUGAAUCAGCUGAGCCUGAGUCUGCGGCUCAACCUGAGGUAGCCGACCAGUUUGCAGCUGCUGCUGUGGAGGAGACCCCCCCUCCUCCUGAGCAGCCUGCAGCAGAUCCAAGCAAAGGGGGCUCUGGUUUCAAGCCAGACCCUUCUCUGAUGGACUUCGGCCAAUCCAGCCCAGAGGAUGAAGACCUGUACAGCACACGCAGCUGAGACACCAGCGUUGGCUUCAGGAGAAACCCUCAUUCCCACACGGCCGUCUCAAGCAGCCUGACAAACACUCUGUAACAUUAUGCAGGGUAAAUUGGCAUUUUGCAAGCGAGCAUAGAAAGGGAAGUUUUUCAUCAAUAUUUCCAUCGUCAGUUUUUCUGCCUACAUCGUUUAUAUUUCCACAGAAAACAGCCAAGUACAUUUGCAUUGCAAAUAGCAGCGAGCUGUGGCAGGCGGUUUAUAUGGAAGGACCGAAACCUGGAAAAAAUAUACACCCACAACUAUUUACAAGUCUUUUAGUUCACAGAUGGCAGAUUGAGAACAUUUCUCUGUGUUUGUGUCUUUAACUAUAACUGGCUUUUUGUGCUGCAGCUUCUACAGUCACGAGUGCGUGGUGCUUUUAUUUAUUGUAAUUCAGCCCACAGCAUUGAAUUGCUGGAAUCACUGCAUUUGUGAUGGUAUCAUUUACAAGAUGGACUGAUGCUGUUCCGUUUUGUUGAAUCAAACUUCGUCUUCACUUGUUAAUUUUAAGAAGUCUAAAUAAAUCUAUAUUUUCGGGG